CAUUAAAGACCUCCUCUCAAAUCGGUUUGACCAUCACAGCCACUAACAUGACGGAGGGUCCCAGACAACGCGGAAGCACAGCGGGCUCCUUCAAGGAUGGAGCCGGAGACAACGCGUCCGAAGGAGGGGUGGAACUCAAGAAGUCCAUCGGGCUGGUGAGCGCCUGUGGCAUCAUUGUUGGUAACAUCAUCGGCUCGGGUAUCUUCGUCAGUCCGAAGGGCGUGCUGGAGAACGCCAGCUCCGUGGGCGUGGCCCUGAUCGUCUGGAUCAUCACCGGCGUCAUCACCGCCAUCGGGGCGCUGUGCUACGCCGAGCUGGGCGUCACCAUCCCCAAGUCGGGAGGAGACUACUCCUACGUGAAGGACAUCUUCGGAGGCCUGGCUGGGUUCUUGCGUCUGUGGAUCGCCGUGCUGGUCAUCUACCCGACCAACCAGGCUGUGAUCGCGCUGACCUUCUCCAACUACGUCCUGCAGCCGCUGUUCCCCACCUGCUUCCCCCCGGAGAUUGGCCUGCGUCUGCUGGCUGGCGUCUGCCUCCUGCUGCUGACGUGGGUGAACUGCUCCAGUGUGCGAUGGGCGACCCGGGUGCAGGACAUGUUCACCGCCGGCAAGCUGCUGGCCCUCGCUCUCAUCAUCAUCAUGGGCAUCGUGCAGAUCUGCAAGGGAGAUUACUACUGGUUGGAGCCAGCCAACGCCUUCGAGCCCUUCCAGGAGUACGACGUGGGUUUGAUAGCCUUAGCCUUUCUACAAGGCUCCUUUGCCUACGGGGGCUGGAACUUCCUCAACUACGUCACGGAGGAGCUGGUGGACCCCUAUGUGAACCUGCCUCGCGCCAUCUACAUCUCCAUCCCACUCGUGACCUUCGUGUACGUCUUUGCCAACAUCGCCUAUGUCACGGCCAUGAGUCCUCAGGAGCUGCUCGCCUCCAACGCCGUUGCCGUGACGUUCGGGGAGAAGCUGCUGGGAGUCAUGUCGUGGAUCAUGCCCAUUUCUGUGGCUCUCUCCACCUUCGGGGGGGUAAACGGUUCCCUCUUCACAUCUUCGAGGCUGUUCUUUGCCGGCGCCAGAGAGGGACACCUCCCCCGGCUGCUGGCCAUGAUCCACGUGAAGCGCUGCACCCCCAUCCCUGCUCUGCUCUUCACCUGCCUGUCCACUCUACUUAUGCUGUGCACCAGUGACAUGUACACCCUCAUCACCUACGUGGGCUUCAUCAACUACCUCUUCUACGGAGUCACAGUUGCCGGGCAGAUCGUCCUGCGCUUCACACAGCCCGACAUGCACCGGCCGAUCAAGAUCAGCCUGAUUUGGCCGACGAUCUACCUCGUCUUCUGGGCCUUCCUGCUCAUCUUCUCGCUGUACUCCGAGCCGCUGGUGUGCGGCAUCGGCCUCCUCAUCAUGCUGUCCGGCGUGCCCGUCUACUUCCUGGGAGUCUACUGGGACAAAAAGCCACAGUGCUUCCAUCGCCUCGUCGACAAGAUGACAACCCUGGGCCAGAAGUUCUGUGUGGUGGUGUAUCCGGCCGUCAGCAGCAGCAGCGGGAGCGGAGAGGACGGAGAGGAAAUGAAGGAAGCUCUGUCUCCUCUGUCCAAGGAAGAAGGAGACAAGUCAGCGGACUGCUAGAACCCACCGCCCCCCCCCCCCCCUGCAAGCAAACAAGCGAAAAACAGACGCACACAGAGACACAUGCAAACAUGCAGUACAUCCCAGUUUGUAGUGGAUUAACUGUAUCGACACCUGUGCCACCCCCCACCCCACCCCACACACACAUUGCCUUUAAGAUUUCCUGUUUGGUUUUCAGAAGAUCGGUCAUUUCUUUCGCCAAAUAUAGUGUGAGAUGUUUUAGAAUCACCUCAAACUUUUCUAUCCGAGGUCUUUUUAAAGUGCAAUAAAGAAAGGUGAGCACCUUCCAACUUCUCAGUACAGGCUUAAACAAUUUACUCUUAAUCAUCAUCAUCAUCCUCAUCAUCAUCCUCAUCCGCCCUCUCCCCCCGCCACACACUCUGCACACUCCUACUGUAAGAGCAGCGUUUUUUUAUUUAUUUUGUUUUUUACUAUCAAACAGACUGUGACGCCUGCGAAAACACCUUUAUUAAUCUUCAAUUUUUUUGUUGCCACCUUGUAAAUUUUGCUUCGUCGUCCGCUCAACACACCAAAGCUGCAUUCUGAUCCAGAUCAAAUCAUUUCAAUGUCGGCGCGACUGUGAUUCCAAAAUGUCUCUAUUUUCUUUUUUGUAAUUGUGACAAUUGUUGAUAUCAUGAUGUUAUUUUAGUUUUAAUACUUUAAUUGUAGUAUUGUUGAUAUUUCUCUCUAUUUUUUUUUUUUAUUCAAAUGGGCCUGUUUUUUUACUCUUGAACCUGCAAAGCCUUGUACACCAGAAGGCUGAUGUGGGAUCUGUGUUUUGUGUGGGUAAGUGUGCAGGUUAAUGAUGCACAAUUCUUAUUAAUUGCCUUAAUUAGGAUGUAUUCUGUGCCAUUGAACCAGUUUUCACUGUAGAGGCGGUUAAUCCUCACGCUUAGCAACAGAAAAGGAGUUUCGAGGUCUCGCAUGGACACUACACAGAGAAUUAACCCGUUGACACUUUAGGACGUAGGCGACUAGGAUACUCACAUUACCGUUCACCACCAUUUGCAUUGUUUAAGUGCAAUUCCCGACACCGACACAUGUGAAUGCCCGUGUGAAAACAGAUUUUUUUUUAAAAAGGCAUUGAUUGUCUUUCAUGUUUUACUGCAAGUAUUUCUGUAGUUCAACACAUAGUUGUGUUUAGAUAUUAUUUUGUGCUUUAUUUAGGGUGUAGAUAAGGAAAAAAAGAGCUUUACAUAAAAAGAAAAUAUUUUGUGAUUGGUGUUCACAGGCAAUAGUAAGAACCGAACCCCGGAUUGACCCCAGUCUGUCGUCUGGUUAGACUAUCUAUACUUAUGCUGUAUAUUAUUGUAACAACACUCUUUCACACUUAAUAUAACUUAACGUCUGCAGUCUUUCUAUAAACUGUUAGUGUCUCAGGGCAUCGCCACUGCCAAAUCUCCACAGAGCCGACUCGUGGCUUCUUCUACUCCAGUCUGCUCAUGCUAAAUGUUUGUACUGGUGCUCGAUCCUUCAGCUAAUUCACUCAGAAGAACGGACGCACACACUGAGACUUUCACUAACUACAACUAUGACAAGCACCAUUAAAGUUUGGCCAGUACUGUAAAGGUUGCUCUUGUUAAACUCUUCGAGAGGAACAGGGUGUCUUGGAUGUCUUUACAAAUACAACGAUUGUGUUUUGUGCCUGUACGGUUAUUGUGUAUUUACAGUAUGCACAGAUUUCAUGACAGUCUGUAUUUUUGUCUUAGUAAAUAAAAACCACUGACUAAUGUU